GAAUUUGGGAGAACAACAACUCUUGGCUUUUUCAUAUUUUUUUCCAUCAGAUAAUAUAUAAUGCCUCAAAUAGGCAUCCGCUUCCUUCCUUAACUACUUGCUUUCUCAAACUCUCCUUCGUUCCUUCGUCUUCUUCACCUUCACCUCAACUUUCUAAUGGAGACAGAAGGGGAUAAUAAGGUGAGAAAAGUGAUACUGGCUAAGCCUUUUUCACUGGAAGCAGAAGCUAAUAAUGAUUAUUCAGCUCCCAAUCUUCUCCGCCGCAUCUUGUCUCUUUUCUCUCAUGUCCGCCCUGGAUCCGAUCUCUCUCACUUCCAGCUACCAGCAACGUUCAACUUGCCAAAGUCGCACCUGCAGUGUUAUGGGGAACAGAUAUACUGUACGGCGACGGACUUGCUGGGGAAAUGCAACGGUGGAGAGAACCCCUUGGAAAGGUUUAUAAAUGUGGUGGCCUGGACCAUUUCUACCACGCGUCCUCUUGUGAUUGGAGCUACUCCUUAUAAUCCCAUUCUCGGUGAGACUCACCAUGUCUCUCGCUCCUCUCUUCAUUUUUUAGCCGAGCAGGUAUCACACCACCCUCCAGUUUCAGCACUCCAUGCAACUGACGAGAAGGAAAACAUAGAAAUUAUAUGGUGCAACCAAGCCGUUCCAAAGUUUCAUGGGACUUCAGUGGAAGCUAAAGGGGUGGGCAAAAGGACGUUGAAACUGAUGAAGCAUGGAGAAACUUAUGAGAUGAAUUCUCCAAAUCUCUCUCUUAGGUUCCUUCCAUUUCUUGGAAUUGAUUGGGUUGGCAAUGCUAGUGUACGAUGCAGAGAGACAGGAUUUGUGGCUGAUUUAUGCUACAAAAGUCGAUCUUUCUUAGGUUUCAAGGCAAAUCACAGAUCCAUCAAAGAGAAGAUUCUUGACUCUUCCUCUUCCAAAGUUUUGUAUGAUCUUGAUGGCCAUUGGGAUAGAACUAUAGCAAUUAAGGAUACAAAUGAUGGGAGAGUUCGAGUAAUCUAUGAUGUAAAUGAAGCCAUUUCAGGCCUCCAAGCCCCUAUUGUCAAGGAUUUGAAGAGUGUGUGGCCAACCGAAUCAGCGGCUGUGUGGAGUGAGGUUAGUGAAGCCCUAAUGAGAGGAGAGUGGGACAAAGCAAGUGAAGCCAAGAAACGUGUUGAAGAAACACAAAGAGAGCUCCUCAAAGAGAGAGAAUCAAGAGGACAAACCUGGACACCUAAGCACUUCACUCUUUCUCGUACUCAAGAAGGUUCUUGGGAAUGUUUUCCUCUUCAUCAGUGGGUCUCUCCUGCCCCCAUCACUGCACUCUAGUUUCCGUCUUUGACUGAAAACUAAGGUAAGGUUAAUUGGAAAAGGAGGUAUUGUGAGACUCGUAUUCGUAUCAUCUCGUAUCUAGUUAAUUUCAUCACGUAUGUUUUAAUCUAUUUCAUCAAUGGAUAUAUAUCAUCAUGCAUGCAUGCGCAUGGCGACUAUAGAGAUGAUGGAAGUGAUCAUUGCACUUCAUUCUUGAAAUAAUCGCGGCUAGUUGUUUUAGGUUAAUAUGACUUGCUUUAAUUUGGAUAUAUAUGAACUUUAUAUAAAGACGGGCAGUUAAUUGGUUCCAUUUAUUACGUGACUGUAAAAUUCAGAAAGAUGCAAUGAAGGAUGAUGACAUGUACAAAUCCAUAAGAAAGAUGCAAGGAGCUGAACUACUCUAUAGCUAGAUUUAUGCGUAAUUUGUGAUAUUUAUAUUUGGAAAAGAAUUGUUCAAGAAUCCUAACAUCAAAACAAUGCAUGGUUUUGGUAAUAUGCUUAUUUAUUACUUAUGGCGACACUUCUCUAUAUACAACGCAUGUUACCAAUUAAUACAAAGUAGUUAGUUUGCACAUGGGCGGAUUGCGUAGAGCCCUUGUCUAAU